AUGGUCCACGGCGACUGCAGCAUGGAUCAAGGCGAGAAGGGCAAGCAAGGCCGCCAGGCUCUGGUGGAGAAGCUCAUCGAGCUGGGCACACGCGCGUCGAGACCGGAUGCGGACGAAAACACUCGCAAGUAUGCCGACCAAGAGUUUCAUGACUUCGUGCAAAAGGCACGGACGCUCUCCCUGCUUCCGGCGCUCAACUUCCUCAUCCAGCCGGGACGGGUGCCCCCUGAGCUGCGCGUCAAGCUCAUGGACGUUCUCACCCGGGUCCCUCUGAGGCCUGAUGGUGUGCGCGCCACCGUGGAGUUUGUCUUCUCUGUGCAUCCUUCGAGCACCGUCACCUCCUCGGACGAGGCCAAGCCACAAAAGGAAGGGGCCAAUAUCACGCACGAAGCCUUGAGCAUGGCUGCUAAGCUCAUCGCAUACCCCCCGAAGACCGUCUCUGCCGACACCUGGUAUCAAAAGGUAGCCCCGCAGCUCCUCUCGUUACUGGACGGACAGGACGGGCCAGAGCUCAUGAAAGUGGGGGCUUUUGUCAUCGGCUUUGGCAUUCUUGGCCGCAGACAAUCCGGUGCACCCGGGACAGCUGGCUGGAGAGCCGUCGCAGAGCCCAUGCUGAGUCCGAUCAACCCUCCGUCUGCGGCAGCGUCCGCCUGGGAGAUCGCUCCUGGUGAUAUCAUAGACCUCAGCAGAGACAGGGUGCUUGUCUCCCCGGAGCAACUGGCGCAGGCUCUGUUCCGUCUUCAGGCGCUGCUCAUCUCCCAUCCGAACCCUAGCUUGUCCAAGAGGCUCUUGCAUCCUGUCAUCCUUCCCCUCUGGGCCCUUGCUAGCCCAGUCCGUCCUGAAGCGCAUUGUGAAGAGCGUUACUGCCAGCCUGCGCAGAACCUGCUCCGCAUUUAUUUCAAACUCGCUACUGAACCACAGCGGAUAGACAACGUAAUCCAGAAUCUCCUUUUCAAUGGCAACCUCGAGGGCGAUCUUAGAUGGAGGUUCAGAGACACAGUCGGUGGGGAUAUCGAGGUCAUCAAGCCUCGAGAUGCUGUCGAUGACGAUGCCGCACACCACAAGUGGACAGAUAUUGAACCGAAAGUCGAGUCCCUGAUAGACCUGAUCAAAUCUGUCUGCUCGGCAGAAGAUGUGUCCUCUAUAUUCACAGAACUCUUCGGCCGCUGGUUCUCGGCAAACGCGAAGAAGACUGACGCUGUGCUCCUCACCAAAGUCAGUGAGGCCAAGGAAGACCCUGUCAACCAGUUGAUACAAGUCAAGAUGCUUCAAAGAAUGAUGGACAGUUUCCCAUCACAAUUGGCAGCUGGAUCUGACUCGAUUUUAAGAAUGGUGGAGCCCAUAUUGAAACAGGGCGCCGAUGAGGGUGACGACGAGACGGUGCCAGUGGCGCUUAGUCUCCUCAAUAUCGUCGUCACAGCGCCGAACUUCCUGAAGGCCAGGACAGACAAAACCCUCGUCCAGUCAAUAGAAUCAUCGUUGGGGCGACUGGGCAACGCAGAUCUGGGAAGCUCAUCAGCAACAGCCAGAAAUCUUGCACUGCUGCUGAAAUUCCGGGACGAACUGGAUGACCCAUCCGAAAGACCCUCCGCCCCGACGUCACGCCAAAUCGAAGACCGCAAAACCUACGACCUGGCACUUUCCUACAUCACCCAGGCAGACUCGCCCCCGCCCGUGCGUGCCGAGGGUCUCAACCUCCUCCAAUCCCUUGUUGUCGAGAACAGCUCCGUUUUAGACAUUCCCGCGACCCUCGUCCUCAUGUCUUCACUGCUGCAGGAUGACGACGAUUAUAUAAACCUGCGCCUGAUCAAGAUGUACACCCAACUCGCGAACAGACAUCCCAAAACCGUCACCAAGGAUCUCGUGGAGCACUUCGUGGACGCGGACGAGAAGGCGAACGUAGACCUGCGCCUACGGUUCGGCGAAGCGUUGUUACAAGUGAUUGAGCGGCUAGGGGAAAUGUUCACAGGCGACACAGCGCGGCAGGUCGGCGAGGCAUUGCUGGCCACCGCGGGUCGGCGAGUGUACCGGCCCAAGACGGAACAGAAGCAGCAGCGAGAGGAGAAGCUGAGAUUGAUGAAGCAGAAGCGUGCCGAGAAGGAGUGGGGAGGCGAGGUGCCCGACCUAGUCUCGGACGAGGAAGAGACCGAGGAGGGCCGGGCGAACAAGGAGAUCCUGACGCAGAUCAUCAGCGGGUGGGACAGCAAGAAGGGCAGCGAGGAUGUCCGCAUCCGCGGGUCCGCACUGUCUAUCCUCGCCGUCGGCAUCGAGACCAAUAUCGCCGGUGUCGGGUCGACUAGUUUCUGCCAGCCCGUGCUGGUCAUCCUUGCUUUCGUCAGAGCUCUCAACAAUGCCAAGGAGAACGGCAGGCGCCUGGGCUUCGGGCUGACGGAGGAGAGCCAGGAGGAUAUCAAGAGGGUGUUGAGUUACGUUGCGAGUACUGAUAAUGAUGGUCUGGUCAAGCAGCAUGCAAGUGAUGUGGUUGAGAGUCUGGACAACUGGAGGCUUGGCUCUCUUGUUUCUCAGGUGCCAGAGCAGGCUCCAGGGAUGACCCUGACCCGACUGGCGGGAUUGAGUGUUGAUCCUGAGGGUGCGCCUUUCGCAGAGCGAACAUCUUCAAGGCCUAGAAUUGAAGAGAUCGAAUGCGAAUAG